AUGGCUACCAAAUCUGCGGCCGUGGGUAGCAAAAGAAAGGCUACUGUCGGAUCCAAGGGAAAAGACAGCGUCAUGGUCAAAAAGGCGCGUCUUGACGGCAAAAAGAAGGCUGCGCCUGUCGCCAAAGACUCCGACGAAUCUGAAGACUUUUCUGAUUCUGAAGACGGUGGCGUUCAGAUUGAUAAUAAGAAAGAGAGCAAGCCUGCAGCCAAGGGCUAUCAAAAACCCUCGGAGUCAGGUCUAUCCUCCCGCGAAUCACACGCCAAACAGAAGCAGCUUGCUGCUGAGCGCAAGGCCGCCAAGCCGCUCGCCGACGAGGUCCAACGUACAAAAAAGAUUUGGGAACGACUGCGCCGAAAGUCGCACGUUCCCAAGGAGGAGCGCCAGCAGCUUGUUGCCGAACUUUUCACGAUUAUUACCGGUCGCAUGAAGGAGUUUGUACUGAAGCACGAUGCCGUCCGCGCUGUACAGACCGCCAUCAAGUAUGCCACUCCCGAGCAGCGUAGACAGAUUGCCCGCGAGCUUGAGGGCAGUUACGCGCAGCUGGCGGAGAGCCGUUAUGCCAAGUUCCUUAUGGGCAAGCUCCUAGUGCAAAACGACGAAGAGAUUCGCGACCUUAUCAUUCCCAACUUUUAUGGUCGAGUUCGCAAAUUAAUCAACCAUGCCGAAGCCUCGUGGAUCCUAGACGAUAUCUAUCGCACGGUGGCGACCAAGCAGCAGAAGGCUUAUUUGCUACGCGAGUGGUACGGUCCUGAGUUCACCCUCAAGGAGCUGACCAAGGAUAAGGCUGUGACGGCUGACCUAAAGGAGAUUCUGGCCGAUACCCCGAGCAAGCGCGGACCCAUCAUGAAUUCGCUGCUUGAAAUGAUCAACUCAUUAGUGCAAAAGCGGAUGACCGGCUUCACCAUGCUGCAUGACGCCAUGCUCCAGUACUAUCUGGCUACGGAGCCCGGGUCGGAAGAGUUCAAAGAGUUUCUAGAGCUCAUCAAGGGUGACGAGACUGACGAUCUACUCAAGAACCUGGCUUUUACCCGCUCAGGCUCACGGUUGGUGUGCUUGCUGCUUGCUCAUGGAACUGCCAAGGACAGAAAGCAGCUUCUAAAAAGCUACAAGGACACAUUCAUGACCAUGGCCGGCGAUCAAUACGCUCAUUUGGUCAUAUUGACCGCAUACGAUGUUAUCGACGAUACAAAGCUGACGGCCAAGUCCAUUUUCCCUGAAUUGGUGGGCGAGAAGACUGAGGAAGUUGUAGACAACAUUGUGGGCGCCGUCAACAACCCAUAUGCUAGACUGGCCUUCAUGUACCUCUUUGAGGGCAUUUCCAAGUCUCUAUUUCCUCCUGGGACCAGUUUUGCCCAGGAUCUCCUCAAAGACGUUCACGAAAUCCGCAAGACGACAAGUAAAAAGGACGAGGAUGCUCGCCGCCAAGAACUGACAUCUACGCUCAUCCCUCAUCUUCUCGAAGCCAUUGCGACGGCUCCGUCAGAUCUCAUGUCCACAGCCUUUGGCUGCCAAUUCAUUGCGGACAUUCUUCUUGCCAACGCUGGCGACAAGGCUACCGCGUUGGAGGCUGUUGCCCAGGCUGCCAAGGGUAACCCGAGCGAGGAGGUGCCGGAGGACGAGCUGCAACCUCAGACUCACGUUUCGAAGACGCCGUUUGGCGGACGUAUGCUCAAAUCUUUGAUCCAAGGCGGCCGGUUUGACAAGGCCGCUGGUAAGAUCAUUCCUCUAGAGCCAGCUCUAGGCUUUUCCAAUAUUCUAUAUCCUGUGAUUUCAGAUUACAUUGUCGAUUGGGCGACAGGCCCCAGCUCUUUUGUCGUUGUGGCUCUGCUCGAAGCCAAUGACUUUAGCGACGCCGAGGCUGUGAGAAGGACUCUCAAGAAGAACAAGAAGCUUCUGGACAAGGCGGCCAAGGAGCAGACGCCGGAGCAAAAAGCGGCCCAGGAGGCCAGGGAGCAGGCGGCCGAGGCAGACAAGUCGGCAGGCAAGAACAAGGCUGCCAGCAAAAAGAAGUUCGAGCCAGCGGUAGGAAACAGCGGCAGCAAGCUGCUGCUGGAGAAGUUGUAG